AUGGCUAACGUCAGAUGCGCUAUCGUCGUAAGUACGUGUCUUUUAUGGCUUACUCCAUUUGUUUUCUGCGAAUUCCCGUCAUGCCUCACUACCACUCCAUCGGAAAGUAUCUCAUUAAACGUAGACUGCAAAAGAAUAGACACGAGCGUUGAGGUAUCCAACAACUGUGCAGGUUCCGUGCGCCUCUAUGCUUUCUUCGAACCAAUUGAGACGGGGAUGCGAUCAAUGUUUUACAAGGUGAAGCAAGGAGCCACAGCCAGCAUAAUCCUGUCACGUGCGAUUCGAAAAUGGACGUGGAAUGGAUUGCUGAACGAAGCGGCGGUGGUGAUCUACGCGUGGACGAAUCUAAAAGACCCACGUCUGGAGCAAAUCUGGCAAAAAACCCUUAACGGCACUCUUUCAUGUGCAUAA